UACAAACAUUUAUGUGACAUGGUAAAUUUUUGACUGAAGUUGAAGUCGAAGCGAACACAUCACCAAUUAUCUGGAUAUUUGUAAAACUACAAGCUUGGAAAACUUUCUCCAGUGUUAAUUUAGUUUACUCUCUGGUCAGAAGUAUGAGUCAGUCUUAGUGCCAUGUAACACAUAAUUAAGUGGAUGAGGAUUCCAAUGAGAGCAAAGCCCAAGAAUGUCCUGUUCUUGAUCCUGUGUGUCUGCAUCAUUCCUGUGUUUUGGAUCUCACUUGUAACUAAACAAAAUGUACCAUUCCCUAGGACUGAUCCUAGUGGACUGGAAGAUAUACAAGACAGGUUACAAUUAGCAGAACAUGUAAACAAGAGGAGGGAGGCAGAUUUAAAAACACUCCGCAGUAAUUUUCUUCAAAUCUUAAAGGGAGUGAUCCAUGCAACUAAUCAAACAAACAAAUCCAUUGCGGGUAUGUUUCAGUCAGAUCUGGCUUUGCAGCUUAGCAACAUGAGCAACAUUUCCUCUGAGAAUUCCCUGCAGCUCCCCAGUCUGUUUACAUACCUCCCCCACAUCAUCGGCAAGCCUCAGAGUCUUAGGCCUAGCUUCCAGCUGUCACAAAACAGAUUUGGGGUAUCUAUUGUGAUUGGAAUUCCCACGAUUCGUCGUGAUAAGAGUAGUUACCUACAACAGACUGUUAAAUCACUGGUUCAGGGCAUGUCAGCUGAGGAACGCAAGGAGUGUCUGAUCAUAGUCUUCGUGGCCGAGCCUAAUGAUCCUCAGUAUGUCAAAGAUGUGGCUGAAAGUCUGAAAAAGCAAUUUCCAGAGGAGCUACAGAGUGGUCUGCUAGAAGUGAUAGCUCCCCCUGCUGAGUUUUACCCUGACUUUAACAAUAUCAAACAAACGUACGGGGAUACCAAGGAAAGGGUCAGAUGGCGGACUAAGCAGAACCUGGACUUUUCCUUCCUUAUGAUGUACGCAAGGAGUAAAGCCAUUUAUUAUGUACAGUUGGAAGAUGAUGUGAUAUCCAAGCCAGGCUACUUCACCAUCAUGAAGACUUUUGCUGAACAGCAGAGCUCCACUACCUGGAUAUUGUUAGAGUUCUCAACCUUAGGCUUUAUAGGUAAAAUGUUCAAAUCGAAAGAUUUGCCGGUGGUGGUGGAAUUUUUCCUGAUGUUUUACCAGGACAAGCCCAUUGAUUGGUUGUUAGAUUAUUUCCUGGCUGUUAAAGUCUGUAAUCCAGAGAAAGACCAUAAACACUGCAGUCGAAUGAAAGGAGAAAUGCGUCGGAGAUAUAAACCUUCUCUCUUCCAACAUGUAGGGACACAUUCCUCUCUCAAAGGAAAGGUCCAGAAAUUGAAGGAGAAAGAUUUUGGAAAGCUGAUGUUACACCGUGCCCAUGCUAAUCCUCGGGCUGAGCUAAGCACAAACCUGAAAGCUUAUCAGAAGUUUACUCUGAGGAAAGCCUACAUCGGGGAGGAUGUUUUCUGGGCCCCAACACCUGCCAAGGGGGACUUCAUCCAGAUCAAGUUACAACCUCCUGUAAAUGUAGAGGAGAUUUUGUUCCGGACUGGAAACCCUGACCAUAAGGCUGAUAUUCUGCUGAAUGGAUCCGUGCUCAUCAAACCCGAGGAGUCCACUACUCCAUCUGAUGUGUUACUACAGGCAGGAUUCACUGUAACCGGUACGGGAUUCUAUAUGGUGGCUACAUUCACAGAUGGACUUGCUCAAAUCAAGUUUAGUGAAGACAUUGGAAAAAUUCAAUACAUAAAAGUUUUGGUGGAGGCAAACAACGAAAACUGGAUGAUUGUCAGUGAGAUCCAUAUAAAAGAGAGAAAGUCUGUACCCUCCCAGAGAUAACACAGGUCCUUCAGAGCUUCCUGCAUGCCUUCAGAAACAUUUAGUCAGUUCAGCUUUUUGCAGAGAGGCCUACACAUCAUUCUUAUAGUACAUGCAUCAGCAUUUGCCUAGUGUUAACACUGUCUCAUUCUGGAGCUGAGCCCACUUCAGUAGCAAUGUGGUGGUGAAUUUGCUGAGUUGUCUCAGGACAAACUGAUCUUAGUCUUCCUGGUGUUCCUGAUGGAGAAUUCAUUGUACUAGUCUAGCAUUUGCAUAUAGUCAUCAAAUCUUAAUAUAAUCUAUUAUUUAUUUUAUGAUUCUAGUCGCAUUUUGUACGUUUCAUUUUUUGCAUUGUAACAGGGAAAUUUUAAGAAUAGCAUUUUUUUUUAAUUACAAUUGUUGAAAUUUGUUUUAUUUUAUACUCAUAAGUGAAUACCCUUUUUAUUGGGAGGCUACUGUAGAUUCCUUAUUUUAAAGAGUACUUGAUAUUGACGAGAUGACAAUUGCUGGAAAAUGAAAUCAUGAGUGAAAGUUUUUUCCAUGCAUUUCAACAGUGUAAAACAAGUUUCUUUUGAGGCAUGCCCCUUAGAAAUUUUUUGAUAAUUCCUUGCAUGUUUUUAGGAAUUUAACAGUAUCCUUACACUGCAUUUUUAUAGGGAGAUUUUCUAAAAAGAAAACUGUUUUCUGCAUUUUGAUAAAACUAUUGAAUGUUUAUUUUUAAUUCCAUAUGAUGGAAUUUUUUUAUAGACUAGAGUCAUGAAAUUGAAGUCUUGUGGCACAGUCUUAAGUUUGCUGAACCAAAAAUUUAAAUUUCUUAGUUAUCAAGUCUUCUAUUUUGACAAGGUCAAUUUCACUUGGUUUUGGGGUGUAGAAUUUGUGUCUGUAGCCCAGUAUUUUAGGUUUUUAAGGUAACACAGAAGGUUAUACUUGAUCUGAAGUUUGGUUAAAUUCAGUAUUUAUUUAGAAAAGGUCACAAAGUAUAGGAGAAGAAUAUUGGUAAGACAUUCUUGGUACAAAUAUAGCUUGUCAGUAUUGUUUGGGUCUAGACUUUGUGAGAAAAUUGUAGCUUGUACUUUUAUCCAUGAAAUAAGGUAUUCUCAUACUCUACCAUAGCAAGUGUAGAGCCACUAUUAGGGGCCUUUAACCAUUAUGUUUAAACAUGGUGAAGAGUUAAACUCCUAGAUUUUCCAGUUUGUUUGUUUGUUAGUUUUUAUCUUUGUUGUUAAGAUUGUCUUAGAUAGCAGGGAUUUUCUUUCACUUAGAGGUAUGAUCAAGUAUACCCUUUCUCGAGUUUCAAUCUAAGGGUAAGUCAGGGUAAGCAUAGCUGGGGUAUGCCCUACUUCAGUACGUUAAACUUAGUCAUUUAACUUUGAUUUUUUUUAAUAUAUAUGUUAUCAAAUGUGUGUACCACUAAAUAUUUUAAUUGUUAUGUUGUUUGAUUCUCAGUGAAGUGAGCUCUGUACAUAUUAUUUUAUAGGCAUAUAAUGCUAAGGUCUAUAUAAAGCACAGCAAGUCCAUUUGUGGGAUAUGGCUGGAUUAUUAUGACUCAUACAGCAUUUUUGCUCUCAUGUCUGUAAGCUAGUUGCCUGUACAAUCAAUAGUAUCAUCAUUUACUUUCAUAAAACUUUUUAAAAACUUGUUUUUAAGUAUACUUUGGCAUCUUUCAAUAAUCUGAAGAUUCACAGAGAAAGUAGCUCUCAAGAUUAUUGAGAUUCCACUGUAUUCUACUUUUUUUUUAUCACUUAUGCUUUCAGUUAAGUGCACUUAGUUUAAAUGUAAAAGCAACAAAAGAACUGUUUUCAGAUAUUUUGUUUAGAAUUGAAACCUAUCAAAGAGCAAAAUCAAAGACUUCCAUACAUUUGCCUAGUCUUGCCCUUACUAACUAAAUCUUUUUUUUUUUCCUUUUUGAGAAAAAGGUGUUUGGAUUUUCAAUGAAAAAUUUUCUGUAGGAUAUAAUUAUAAAGGCUUUCUUUGUAAGUUUGGUUGCAAUUGAUUGCUGAGUAAUUGUGAUGUAAAAAUAAGCUUUAAUGUACAAUAUAUAUAUAUAGUUUGACGGAAGGGCAAGGUUUUUUAGUAGUUAUGAAAAAGAUUAAGGGUAAGAUUGGCAUCUGAUAAAUACUGUAUGUAUACUUACAACAAGGGGGGCUUCAUAUUUUAGCGGCUUUGGCACAGACAGUGAUAUGUUAUUUCAUGAAUAUCGCUAAGAAAUCAUUAACAAAUACAAUAUACGACAAGGACAUGUGCAACCCUAAAUCAUGAUUAAGCAAACAACAAAAUAUCCAUUGAUUGCACUAAAUUUUUAAUAUGCCAAAUUAUGUACACCUACAGUAUCUACAGGAAAUCUCAACUACUGUAUCUAUUAGUUCCUUGUAGUGGAACCUUGAUCUACAUGGUCAGGGUCUUUCACUCACUAGAUUAGUCUGAGUACUUAUUUUAUGACUGGAACAGUGUCUCGGCCAAAGAGUCUAUUACAUAUUACCAAAGAUUAAACAAAGAAGCAUGAUACAUGUACAUGCUACAUUCUUCUUUACUUAGCUUCAUGCUAAAUAUUUAUUUCAUCUAAUAUCUAUACAAUUUGAAGUUACUCUGAUGAGAAUUAUCUUUGGUGGUGAGAUGCUCUUACUAUUGAAAACAAAUAUACAUAAAAAUGAGAUUUAGAGUAAAAAUGAUGGAAUCCAGAAAAGAACAGAAUUGAAGUGACCUUGUAUUUCAUUAAAAUGUACAUGUUGUUCUAUGUAUUGUUCUGUGUCUACCGAGAUUGCAUGCUGUAGACUUUUGGAAUUUGUUGUUUGAAGGAAAGUGGUUAAAACAAAGGGCUUGUUAUAUAUCAAGUAAUUUAUUUAAUUCUUGACAAGUAGAAAAUUUGGAUCUAUUCUUCACACAAGAGAGCAUUUACCCAUAUUACCAUGGUAAUCCACAUCAAGUUUGUCCUAUUGUUCAUACUUGUAUUUUAUAACCAAAAAUGUGUAUACAAUCAAAAUGGGAGGGGGGAGAGGGGUUAUCUGUUUUUCUGUGUAGAAAGCAAGUAUUUUUAAUUACUCUACAGAAAAUAACAUUAAUUAAGUCAAAACAAGUCUUAUGUUUCAAAAUUAGACUUGUGAGUACAAACUACUGACUUUACCCUAAUUUAUAAUUUACUAAUACAAGGUAACGUGUUUACAAUCCAUUCCAUUAUAUAGAUACCUAAAAAUGUAAUUUUUUGCUGCAAUAAUGUUUAUAAUAGUGUUAUUUGUGCAAUAAUUUAUGUGCCAUUGUUAAUUGAUUCGUAAAAUUAUUUAAAAAUUUGAUGGUGAUUGAUUGUACUUUUAAUUAUAAUGAUUAUUUAUGUAAAUGAUUUUUUUUAAGAACACUUGUUUCCAUUUGAAGUUGUGGGUAAUUUUUAUUGUUAAAAAUGUAAUGGGACUUCUUAAAGCCAUAUCAUAUGCUAAUUAUUUUUCAAAAAUAAGGUUGGGAACAGGUAUAUUUGUAAGAAGCUAGGUGAUAUUGUAGUGUUGGUUGUUUGGAGUGGUAUCUUGUUGUCAUGGUACAGUGACGUCUUGUCACUUGUUCAUUUUCCAUCUGUAACCCGGUUCUGUUUGAUGUUUCUUGUUAGUAGCCGAAUUUUAUAUCCAAUUUAUAAUUCACCUUAUUGAUAAAAUGUGAAUAUGAAUCA